UUGCACAUCAGCAUCAGCAUCAGCUCGUCCCUUCGCCUCAGAGGAUCUGUGCUGCUGCUUCUCUGCUGUGGGCUCGUUUGGUGAUGACUUUGGUCCAGUGUGUGAACAUGGUGACAGCCAGCGUGCUGCUGAGCCUCUUCUUUCUGUCAGGAGCUUUGGCUGAUUGUUCUCUGGAGCCAGACCUCUUCAUUACUGCACCACAGAAGAUGGAAGCACUGAGAGGAUCUUGUUUGCAAAUCCCAUGUACCUUUAGUGCUAAUCCUGAAAAAGGCUUUAACAGUAGCAGAGCUUCCUCUGGAGUGUGGAUUAAAAAUGACUACAGAUUUCAGUUGAAUCCAAACAAUGUGAUAUUCAAUGGUACUGGGUCAGUGAACAAAUAUGCAGCAAACAUCACUGGAAACCCGAGUCAGAAAAACUGCACCACUCUGUUUUCCAGUUUAACCACAGCUGACACAGACAGUUACUUCUUUUUUUUAAUUUUUAUUCCUGACACAAACCGGAUUGUUUGUUUUCUUUGGUGUAAAAUGAGUGUUUGUUGUUUCACCACAGAUUCUGCUCCGAGCCCCAGGAUUCACAUCUCAGGUGAUGUGAAGGAGAAUGAGUCUGUGGGUAUAACCUGCUCAGCUGUCUCUCCCUGUCCACAGUCCCCUCCCACACUCACCUGGGCUGUCCCACAUGAGUCUCAGAACAAACUGGAGCAAAACAUAGAUGGAACCUUUACAGUUAAAAUCCAGGAGAACAUCACUCUGUCAGACAAACAUGAUGGACGCAGCAUCUCCUGCUCUGCCAAAUAUCCUGUGAAUGAAGGGACAGCUGUCUCACCAGCAGAGGACAAAGUGACUCUCAGUGUCUCAUAUACCCCCAAGGACACCUCAGCAUCCAUCAGUCCACCAGGUGGGGUGUCAGCAGGUACCCAGGUGAACCUGACCUGCUCCAGCAGAGCCAAUCCUCCCAUCAGCCACUUCACCUGGUUCAAGCAGAUCACAGGUGGAUCCAUCAAUGUAUCUGAAGGAGACGUUUACGGUUUCAACGCCACAGAUGAAGGAGUUUAUUUCUGCAUGGCCACCAACGACCUCGGUGAUCAGACGUCACCAACGAUCCGUCUGAAUCUGAACGGUAAAUAUUGAACUGGACUCAGUGUGAGACCGUUACCACAGAGCGUGACCUCUGACCUUCCAUAAGGAGAGAUCAAGUCACAUUAUUAGAGCAGUUAGUAUGAUGUUACAUAUGGAGUCAGAG